AUGUCUUGGACGUCGAGCCGCCGAGCUAUUGACUGUCUUUCCAUCUCAUCACAUUUCAGUCCACAGCAACUCAUUAAUAAUGUCAAUAUCAACUACAAGAGUGACAUGGUUGCUGAACUUGGACAAUAUGUUCAUGCAAUUGGGACGGAUUCCAACAAUUCAAUGGAACCCCAAAGUAUCAAAGCGAUUUACAUUGAACCUACAAAAGGGACAACGUACUGGGCACCGAGUGCUCAACCUCAAUACAAAGAAGAUGAUUUCCCAACCCAAGGUCGUUGUACCACCCAGAGAUUUGGAGACUAUGAAUCAGACGACAAUUCGGGUGAUGAAGGCAAUGAAGAGGAAGAACCUAUUGUGGCCCAUUUGGAUCACCAUCACGAAAAUGUCGAUAGAGGAACCGAUGAUAUUGGGAACCUUGUUACUGGUCUGGAGGACCUACAAGAGCCGCCAGAAGACGAGAUUGUAUUUGAGCCUGAAGAAACGCCUCCAGAAGCAAAAGUCACUCGAUCUGGGCAAACGUAUGCGCAAGCUGCAAUGUCUGGUCUGAACCUUUCUCAAGUUCCAAAGAAACCAAGAGAAUGGCCUUCAAGCAGGAGUGCCAAUAAGAACAAGAAUCGAGUUGGACAAGACGCAAGCAUCAAGAAAGAGAAUUGA